UAUUCUCAGGUAGGAUAAGCGUACUUUUACAUCAUGUUACGAUUACGAGCCCAAAAUAAAUCGGAAGGAGCUUGGCCUUCAAAUGUCAAAAACACAACUUUGUAAUAUUCUCUUUGCUGCUUCUUCUCUCGACGAAACAAACGUGUUAUGUGGAAGGGAGGAAGAUUAAUAAGUGAGAUUUUUUCAAUGCCUCUAAUGUAAGUUGGACCGAUGGCGAACCUGGAGCUGGACCCCAUGUUCCGGAGGGGCCUGCGGCUGCUGCACUCCCGGAGCAGGGAUUCCGUGGACCAGCUGAAGGCCUUGCUCGACGAGGCCAUCCGGCAGCGGCAGGGGAAGCCGGUGCAUAUGGAUUCAUUCAGCUUGCGGAGGGAAUCACCCAUUCCACGUUCCAAGCCAGGAAGUCCAAUUCCAGUCUCUCUGUCUAAACGAGAAGAAAUCAAGAAGGAUAUGGAAAGGAAGAUAAAUCUACAGAUGCGUGAUGAUGAUGGACUAGGGGCCAAGAGACCACGUUUGGACUCUCCGAGUGCCUUCAAAUCCCACACUCCAUCUCCAACACCCUCACUUAAAUCAGAGAGUUCAUCCCGGAGCCGCAAAUCAGACGAGAGUGAAUCGGAUACUGAUAUGAAUGACAUCGCUAUGGAGAUAAUGGAUGGCAUCAACUGCACUGUUUGCAAGAGCUUUGAGGUGACCCCACGCAAUCGCCUUGUGGAAUGCCAGGAAUGCCACUCUCUGUACCACCAGGAGUGCCACAAGCCUCCCGUCACAGACCAAGAUGUUAAUGAUCCCCGCCUUGUGUGGUAUUGUGCCAAAUGUGCCAAAUCCUUGAAAAAACAGACUAGUAUUGUUAGUGCUACUGGUGGCGGCACUCUGUCGGGCACUCGGGGUGUCAGUGGUGGCGGAAUGCCCAGUAUGGCCAGUGGGAGCAAGUCAGGCAGCUCCCUCUCUCGGCCGACACCUUCUCCUACCAAGGGCUUGGGUCUCUCUCGCCUCUCGCCCUUUACAAACCUCUCUUCGGCUUCUGGGAGAACCUUAGGAGCAAACAAUGGUGGGAACAGCAACAAUGGCAACAACAAAUCCCUCUCAUCGUCGUCAUCGUCAUCAGGGAAAUCUUCUGCACCCUCUAACUCGAUGAUCACAGCUGAAAGGAGGAUGCACUUGAUGAAGAAGAAAGCUGCUGCUAAGAUGGCAGAGAAAAGGAAAUUAUAAAAUGUGUUUAUUCAUUCAAAUAUUUUCUUAUGCCGGUUUUAGAUAUCUGAUGUAGAAGACAUGUCUGGAUUCUUGUAUAUAUAAGCUGUAAGAUGCCAUUUGGUAUUGUUCUCAGAUUAAAAGACUUGGAACAUUCUUAUCAAGUGAUAUUUGUGCAGCCAUGUGACUGCUAUAUAGUGGUAUAUGAGCUGGAAACAAAAGUCUGCCAUUAU